AUGAGCGAUAGCAACGAUUUAGGUGACAGUAACGAAAAUUCAAAUUUAAUCCAGGAAUUCUCGGAGCAAUUAAAAAAGCUCAAAGAAUUAAAUGACAGUUUAAAAGAUAAGAAUAUACAGUUAAUACAACAACAAGAAAUAUCAGAGAAUAAAAUUGAAGCAUAUAAAAGAGAACUUGAAUUAAAGAAUGAACAAAUAAAUAAUUUAGAUAACAGAUUACAAAAUAUAGAAGAGGAAUUAAAUGACUCAAAGAUAUUAAAUGAUGAAUUAAUAAAUUGGAAAGAAACUCAUAAAGUUACCGAUGAAGAAUAUAUUAGAGCAAUUAAAAUUAAAGAUGAUAAUAUAGGUGCACUUUCAAUACAGUUAGAACAUUCAAUGAAUAAAAAUGCGUAUGUAUUUGGACCCAUAAAACUUUUAAUUAUAGUACAGUAA